GGAAUGGAUGUGUGAGGACGAGGUGGAACCUGAACCUGUGCAUCCCGAAGGCUUCUAUCAGAAGAGAAGACAGUAAUCCACAAAGAUGAAUAAUUCUAACCUCUCUGUAUUGUCGCAAAAGUGGCACCUGGUCAUGCAGAGUGAAAGAAUGAAUUUCCUCCUCAUCCCUGCUGCUAUUCUCACUACUGUCACUCUGGUGAUAAGCCCAUUGCUCCUCUUCUGCAUCUUCAGCAGUCCAUCUCUCCGACAGGAAACGCGCUACCUCCUCCUGGCCAAUACACUUCUAUCGGACAUCCUUUUCCUCAGUUUCAACCUCACGAACAUUUCCUGUAAUGCGCUGGACAUGGAAAUGCACUACAUAUUCUGUGAGGUGAUAAUGGUCACCACUGUGACUACAUACUGCUCCUCUGUGUUAACUGUCACACUGAUGGUCAUUGACACGUUCAUGGCCGUGCGUUGGCCUCUGCGCUACACUAAAAUCCUGCAUCUGUCACGAGUAAAGAAAAUAGUCGGGUUGGUGUGGGUCAUAGCCAUGACAUGUCCACUCUCAUUGCUGGUGGUGACGGCGGUCAGAAAACAGGAAAAACCAGGAAUCCUGAAGGUGUGUCUGGUGCUCCUCACACUGCAUUCAAUGGAAGCAGCCAUUGGGAUUAGCCUGCAUGUCUAUUUCAGCGUGUGUGUAAUUUUCUGCAUUAUCCUGAUCCUCUACUGCUACAUCCGUCUCUACAUGGUCACCAGGAGCUCGGGGAUAUGGCGCAAUAGCUACUCACGAGCCCGGCAGACUCUGCUAGCACACGCUGUGAUGUUGCUAAUAUACUUCACACCCUGUCUGGUGUUUACAGUGGAGCUUGUUUGGUUUGAGCUGUUAUCUAAUAAUCUUAACCUGGCUGUUUGGAUCAAUACAGUGAAUCUGGCUGUGCUGAUGGUUGUGCCUCGGGCAUGCGCCCCCUACCUGUACGGUUUACGUUAUCGGGAGGUCUAUGAGACGGUUCAGCAGAUGCUGUGGAAAAGAUGGCUUAGCACCAACAGUUCACCAACACCAGCAAGCAGUUAACAAGAAGAAUUACAGCAAAAGUUUUACACGGCCAAACAUAAUUGGUGCCGAACAGUGCAGUAAGUUUCUUGCCUUGCCAAAGUCAAU